UCACUGGUCAUGAAUCUAUACUUAAUGCAGCCUGCAUGCGCGGGUGGGAGUGCCUUUGCCGUAAGUUUUUUUUCCCCCUUGCUGUCGCUGUCGUUGAAGGGGUUGUACUACAGUCUGCCUGCCAUGUGGACACCGCUGCUGCUGGUGGCGCAACACAAACCGUCCGCGCACUCCGAGCGCGCAACAGAGAGACGGGAGGACGGCGAGCAGGAGAGAGGAGGUGCUGCGUCCCACUCCAGAAGCGAACAUCUCCUUACAUCCUGCAGCUCAGACUUCUAAUUGUUUCUGCGGCAUUCACCCCAUUCCUUUUGCAUCGUACUCGGAGGGGAGCUUCAAAAGCGUUAAAGGCCUCCAAGGAUGGACUCCAUACCUGCAGGGCGAGACUCGAGCUCCUCGCCAAACUCCAAGCAAGAACUUUCCUACCCGAGCACCAACUUGAAGCCCAACCAGGUUGGGGAAACGGUUCUGUACGGAAUACCAAUUGUGUCCCUGGUGAUAGAUGGCCAGGAGAGACUUUGCCUUGCACAGAUAUCCAACACAUUGCUCAAGAAUUACAGCUACAACGAGAUCCAUAACAGGCGCGUGGCGCUGGGGAUCACCUGCGUCCAGUGCACCCCCGUCCAGCUGGAGAUCCUGCGGAGAGCCGGGGCCAUGCCAAUCUCCUCCAGGCGCUGCGGGAUGAUUACCAAACGCGAGGCUGAGAGACUCUGUAAGUCGUUCCUGGGAGCGCACGCACCCCCCAAACUUCCAGAAAAUUUUGCCUUUGAUGUGUCCCACGAGUGCGCGUGGGGGAGCCGUGGCAGCUUCAUCCCGGCCAGGUACAACAGCUCCAGAGCCAAGUGCAUCAAGUGCUCCUAUUGUAACAUGUAUUUUUCCCCCAAUAAAUUCAUUUUUCAUUCCCAUCGCACGCCGGAGUCCAAGUACACGCAGCCGGAUGCCGCUAAUUUUAACUCCUGGAGGCGGCACCUCAAACUCACAGAUAAAGGGAGUCCCAUGGAGAUUCUCCACGCGUGGGAGGACGUGAAGGCCAUGUUCAACGGAGGCAGUCGCAAAAGGACGCUGCCGGGCAGCGGUUCAGAGUCCAACUCUCCUCUGAAGCUUCAAGGGCCCAACCGCUCCAGAGAAUCGCCUGACAUCCCUGCAAAAAUCCUCAGCUGCGAGGACACGCGGGGAGCCAUGAGCAGCACACGCAGCUACCCGGUGAUCCCGGUACCCAGCAAAGGAUUCGGGAUGCUCCAAAAGAUCCCACCGCCGCUCUUCCCUCAUCCAUAUGGCUUCCCGGCUUUUGGCCUGUGCCAGAAGAAAGAAGACGGCAUGGUAGGUGAGCAAAGUAAAGCGGGCCUGCCGGGUGUCCUGUGGCCCGGUACCAAGGACAGCGCCUAUCACUCCUUCCCCAUGUUCUGGCCCGCGGCGGGCCCACUCCCCAUGCCUCCAUACCACCCCCAGACUCCGCACAAACCCCCACCAGAGCUGCUGUGUCCUUCCAGACAGACGGAUGUGGACGUUUCUGAGAGCAGCGACCGCAGCACCAGCUCCUCUAAAGACAGCCUGAUCGAAAACGAGCGCUGCUCCAGCACGCAGUCCGCGCGCAAUGACGAUGACAAAUCAGGGGACGAGGGGAGGCCGCUGGAAGGGACGAUGAGCCUCCCGCCGCGGAAAAUCUCCUACGUGUCCGCGUUCAGACCCGUGAUCAAAGACGCAGACUGCAUCGCCAAACUGUACGGCAGCAGGGGCGCUUACAACGGGUGUCGCACCGGCUAUUUGUCGCCCGACUUUUUAAGCGAAAGCUCAAGCUAUCGUUCAGUUUCCCCGUGCGUGGACAGCGAGGGCGAGCCUGAGGUUGACGUUGGGACGAAUAAAUCGCCUGAGGACAGGGAUGACUGCAGGCCGCUGUCCUCCACCCUGUGUCCACGGACGAGUCCCCACGGUUUGACACGCAGCGAUUCUCCCAAAGACUCAGACCCCAAAGGGAGGGAGGACAGCCAGGCAGAGUCCCAGAAAAUGAGCCUCCAUGUGGCCCAGUCCUCUGAAGUGCAGAGCAAACAGCUAGAGCACCACAUAGCUGCGACGUUCACAGAAGUUUACGCACCGGAGAGAGCGGAACUGCAACAGAGGAGCAGUCCGUAUCAGUUCAGACCCACUAAUUAUCUCACAGCUGUGCUCACAACCAAUGAUGAAAGUGCGAAUAAAGAGGAGCCGUCUUCCACAGUGGAGGAGGUUGAAACCAAAUCUUAUAAUGUACAAAGCAGCGAGGAGAGCCAGCGCGAGCCGGAUGAGGGCGAAGACGCGCAAACCAGAGCUGUGCCAAGUCGAGCCAUUCAAAGUCUGGCCAAAGAGGAGCUGCAGAAGCAACUUCUGGAACAAGUAGAGCUGAGGAAAAAGCUGGAACGGGAAUUUCAAAGCUUGAAAGAUAAUUUUCAGGAUCAAAUGAAAAGGGAAUUAUCCUACAGAGAGGAGAUGGUUCAGCAGCUCCACAUCGUCAGAGAAGCUCACGACGCUUUACACCAUUUCUCCUGUAAGAUGUUAACUCCUCGCCACUGCACAGGAUCCUGCUCCUUCAAGUCCCCUCUGCUCCCACCAUGAGUCUGCAGAAGGACAUGUCUGCUCCUCACUCCUGUGUUUGGGAAAAGGGAAAACAGCUCAGCAGAGACUCAGAAGAAGAAUUCAACUGAACUCACCUGUAAUUACUUGUAACAUUUGAAAUCAAAAGUGUAUUUCCACCUUCAGUGUUUAACUUGCAUAUACGGUGACAUUUGUUUUACUGAUCUUCUUCCACUGAUUGGGUUUAUUUUGUGGCAAAGUGCAAUGACAAUGAAUGUCCAAUAUUGGAUUAUUAUUAUUUUGUUUGUAGAUUAUUUGGACUGUUUAUUUAUAAAUGUUUUUUUUUAUUUUCUCUGUGAUAAAAAUGCCUGCUGCUUUUGCUUUAUUCUCUAUUUGUUCAAGAAAAAAUGCUGAGAUUGGAUGUAAUGCACUUUAAAUAAGUGAUGGGACUAAAAAUUUUGCAUUGAGAUGGUCCAGCGAUGUAUUUAUUUGAUAGCCUAAUUUGUUUAGAACAAGUGGAAGAACACAGAAUAUUAGAGGACUAAAUUAAUGCAACUGCUAUGUGGGUAGCAACAUAUUCUGUUCAGUGUAGCACUUUUGUUUCUGUAACAUUUGUUUAAUGACUGAAAAAUUAAACAGUUUAUUGAAAAACAA